UCUCGAUCGUCGUAGCGAUGUCAAAGUACAAUUUGAUGCCCGCUGGUAUGUCCGACGACGAGGACGACGACGACGACGAUGACGUCUUCUUUCCCGCGGAGGAGAGAAAGCCUGCCGUUAAAAAGACUAACUAUACUUCGUGGAAGGACUCGAGGAAAGAUGAGGCGAAGACCGUCGAGGUACACGAUGAGAAAAGUAUCGUCGAGGAUAGCCUUGUGAAAGCGUGUACGAUGGGAGAGUUGAAAGUGAUAGAGGAAUAUCUCGAACAACAUGACAUCGACAUCAAUAAGUAUCUCAACACUGGAUGGACUCUAUUAUUGUACGCGACUUCGUCGGUAGAUCCAGAAGUCACAGAGUAUCUCUUGGCACAUGGCGCAAACCCGAAUAAGCACAAAGAUGGAUUUACGCCUCUCAUGGCACUAUGUAAUUCCAUGAAGGGAACAACAAAAAGAUCUCUCAAGUGUCUCGAGCUUUUAAUACAAGCAAAAGCUGAUGCAAACGUUACUAAUAAGCGGAGAGAAACGGCUCUAAUGUAUGCGUGUAGGUCACACGACGCGGAAUUCGUCAUCGAGCUUAUAAAAUAUGUACAAAACAUUGAUGCUUGUGACAGUGAUGGAAAAACUGCAUUGAUAUAUGCUACUACAGCUAAUAAGCCUGAUAAUGUCAGAAUUCUUUUGGCGCAUAAUGCAAAUACUUCGCUGGCAGACAUAUACAAUUCAUCUGCCAAGGAGAUCGCAGAAAUCAAAGGAUUCACCGAGAUACUUGCUCUAUUGGAGGGAGACGAAGAAGACGAAGAGUUUAUCUCUGACGAGAAAUCCGAAAUAACAACUUGGCAAGAUUUAUUUCCAAAUUUAUAUCCCAGAGAUAAGGAAGCUUUAGAUUAUGAUGUAUCAGUGAUGCUGUAUGGAAUGGGUUUGGAAAAAUACAGAUGUUUAUUCCGAGGAAUGGAUAUUAAAACUUUCUUGCAAUUGAGUGAAGAUGAUCUUUGUCGCUUAGGAAUUGAUAUUACUGUUCACAGAGACCAAUUUCUAGAAAAUCUUGAAAAUUUCCAUAGCAAGAAAUGGCGUUUAGAUACUUUUGGCAAUAUUAGAAAAAUUAUGUCAUACACAAUUUACAACGGUGUACUAUCGUUAUCAAAUGCAAGAAAGCAGAUUGGCGUGAUAUCGUCCAGUUUCCAGUACAUCAAAAAUAAUUUGCUGAAAGCUGCAAGUGAAAAUAUCGUUUUGUCACCUGUGAAAAGAAAGGAAUACGAAAAAGAACUAAGAAAAACACAAAAAACCUUAAAACUCUUAAAAAAUGAGAUAGUACAAUUAAAAAAACUAGCUCAAGAGAUCGAUAAGAAAGAUAAUAUCGGUGUACCGGCAACUUGGAUUAGUCCCAAGAGUAAAUCUGGUUGGACUAUGACGAUAAGCAUUACGUUAAUGGUAGGGCUGUACUUCUGCAAAAGAAUGUAUUUUGAAAGAUUAUGGAAUAUGUACAACGUUAAAAUAUCUUCAGUGCUUCGUUUUUAAAUAUAGAUUUAUCGUACUUGUUCGAUUGAAUUAUAAAACGUUACAUUAUUUUAUAAUACAAAUAAACCUACAACAUAUAUUAA